UUUCCCAUUCUUGGUAUCAAAUCUUUAUUGUGUCUGCAUAUUCUUGCUCUCCCACCCUCAUCUUUCUAGCAGUGUACCAUGAAGAUCCUUGUCCCCUUAAUGAUCAUGUUCUUCAUCGUAUUGGGGUUUUCUGAGGAAGUUGGAUCAAAUCCCAGUGAUAGCGAUCAUCCAUAUGAGGCAAUCUUCAACUUUGGAGACUCUUUAAGUGACACUGGGAAUUUCUUAUCCUCAGGUGCUCUUGCUUUCCCUGUCAUUGGAAAGCUUCCUUAUGGUGAAACCUUCUUCCGACAUGCCACUGGUCGUUGCUCUGAUGGACGUCUCAUUGUUGAUUUCAUAGCUGAGGCAUAUGGAUUGCCAUAUUUGACACCAUAUCUCAAACUAAGGAAAGGCCAAGAUGGGCAUCAUGGGGUGAAUUUCGCCGUGGCAGGGGCCACUGCACUUGAUGCAGAUUUCUUCUACAAAAGAGGACUUGGAAAGAUACUGUGGACACAUGAUUCUUUAAGUGUUCAGCUUGACUGGUUCAAGAAGUUCAAACGCUCACUAUGCACCACAAGACAAGAUUGUGAUAGGUACUUGAAAAGAUCACUGUUUCUGGUCGGGGAGAUUGGUGGAAAUGAUUAUAACUACGCCGCUUUUGCUGGUGGCAACAUUAAUCAGCUUCUAGCAACCGUUCCUGCAGUUGUUGGAGCAAUAACUAAUGUCACCAGUGAAUUGAUAGCCGAAGGAGCAGUGGAGCUCGUAGUGCCAGGGAAUUUACCAGUUGGUUGCUCUCCUUUGUACAUGACAUUGUUUAUGAGCCAAAACAAAGAGGACUUCGAUAAAAAUGGAUGCUUGAAAAACUUUAAUGCUUUUGCUCAGUUCCAUAACAAGCAGCUCAAUCUUGCCUUGGACACUCUCAGGAAGAAGAAUCCUCAAGUUAGGAUCAUUUAUGCUGACUACUAUGGUGCAGCCAAACGUUUCAUUCAUAAGCCACAACAUUUCGGUUUCACUGGUGAGACUUUAUUAAGAGCAUGUUGUGGAGGAGGAGGGCCAUUCAAUUUCAACAACUCAGCGAGGUGUGGUCACAUAGGCUCAAAGGCAUGCACAGACCCUUCCAUAUAUGCUAAUUGGGAUGGCAUUCACUUAACUGAAGCUGCUUAUCGCCACAUUGCCACAGCUCUCAUUGAGGGACCUUUCUCACACCCUCCUCUCAGAUCCUCCCCUUUCAAUAUAGCCUAGAAUAUUAUUUUAAAGGCAGAUUAUUAUAUUCUUAAAUAUUUUAAACAAAUUAAAAUAGUGUUUUGAAUAAAUUCGGUUUGAUUUUCUUGUGAUGAUGGUUGGGUGAUGACGAUGAUCAAAGUAAGAAUAGUAAAUCAAAGACUUUUUCGUUCUUGAGAAAUGAAUGUGUAAAGAUCGGACAUCGAUCCGCUCAUUCUUAUGUAUGCCCUAAGAUAAUUAUAUGGGUAUUUGAGUAGUAAUUAGUGGAAAUAUUGGAUUUUCAUAUUCAUGAUCUCAAGUUGUGAAA